UAAGUUCAAUACCAAAAUACUUUUACCUACUAACCAUCUUAAAUUUACCAAAAAAUACACAUAAUUUUUUUAUUUUUUUUUUUUAAUUUUCACCAAUUUUCUCAAUUUUUAUAUAUGAGAAGUACAUUCUUAAUCAUUCACAUUCCUCAAUCCUCAGGUCUCUAACAAGAAAUUCGUAUUUAGUUUUUGAAAUUUAGAUUAGGAUGUCAGAAGUAGGAGGCAGUAAAAGAAGAGAAUCAAUAUCAGAGGAGCGUAAUAAUAACAAUAUUAAAAAUACUGACGAUUGGCUACCGAUCACAUCAUCGAGAAAUGCAAAGUGGUAUUAUUCAACAUUUCAUAAUGUUACGGCUAUGGUUGGUGCUGGUGUUCUUAGUCUACCUUAUGCCAUGUCUCAAAUGGGAUGGUACUGGGGAACAUUUGUACUGAUAGUAUCAUGGGUGGUCACAUUAUAUACCUUAUGGCAAAUGGUGGAGAUGCAUGAGAUGGUACCAGGAAAAAGAUUUGACAGGUACCAUGAGUUGGGACAAGAGGCAUUUGGUGAAAAGCUUGGGCUAUAUAUUGUGGUUCCACAACAACUAACAGUGGAAGUUGGAGUGAACAUAUUGUACAUGGUCACUGGUGGAAAAUCACUUGAAAAGAUUUAUAAGACUGCCUGUCCUGAUUGUAGACCAUUGAAGACAACCUAUUUUAUCAUGAUAUUUGGUUCUGUUCAUUUCUUUCUUUCACAUUGUCCCAAUUUCAACUCUAUCACUUUUGUUUCCUUCCUUGCUGCUGUCACCUCUCUUAGUUAUUCAACCAUAGGUUGGGGAGCAUCAAUACACAAGGGAAUAUCACCAGAUGUUACAUAUGGUUCAAGAGCUACAACACAGACAGGAAAAAUAUUUGGUGCAUUUCAGGCAUUAGGGGAAGUUGCAUUUGCAUAUGCUGGACAUAAUGUUGUAUUAGAAAUACAAGCAACUAUGCCAUCUACACCUGAAAAACCAUGCAAAAAACCAAUGUGGAAAGGAGUUAUAGCUGCUUAUGUUGUUGUGGCUCUAUGUUAUUUUCCAGUUGCUUUUAUUGGUUAUGCAGCUUUUGGAAGUUCUGUGGAAGAAAAUGUAUUGAUCUCACUAGAAAAACCUGCUUGGCUUAUUAUAUUUGCGAAUGCAUGCGUCGUCAUUCAUGUUAUUGGAAGCUAUCAGAUUUUUGCUAUGGGUGUGUUUGAUAUGGUCGAAUCUUACUUGGUGAAGGCAAGGAAAUUCACUCCAAGUACAAUGCUACGAUUUAUUGUUCGGACUACUUAUGUUGCUAUAACAUUGUUCCUUGGGAUGACAUUCCCAUUCUUUGGUGGACUACUAAGUUUUUUUGGAGGAUUUGCAUUUGCUCCUACUACCUACUUUCUACCUUGUAUCAUGUGGCUUUGCAUCUACAAACCUAAAAGAUUUUCAUUAUCUUGGUGGACAAAUUGGAUAUGCAUCUUUCUUGGUAUUCUUCUGAUGAUUUUAGCUCCAAUAGGUGCCUUGAGGAAUAUCAUAUUGCAAGCCAAACAUUACAAGUUCUAUUCUUGAUUGUAGGAUCAUUUGAAAAUUAAUUUUAGAACAAUAACAAAUAAAUUUCCUUGUGACAAACAACUAUUAGUUUUUAAUUUGUCAGAGGAUAUUUUACGGGUAGUCCAUUUACAAUUUUUUUAGUUGUAUCUUUUUUUAUAAGAGAUCUUUAUUUUUAAACAUGAGAUCUGAAAAGACCAUUUUUGUUAUU